AUUCAAAAAAUAAUUUUAGAAGGGAGGAGUAUUUUAGGUGAAAUUUCUAGUAACUUUGGUUAGCCAUUCCGAAGCAUGGGUCAACAAAGUUGUGAAGGGAAUGACUGCCUGGUCCACUUCUGCUGCCUUCCAUGUGCUCUCUGUCAAGAGUACAGAGAGCUCAGGAAUCGUGGAUUUGACGUGAGCAUAGAUCUGGAAUCACUACCAAAUAUUCUACAAAAGAAGUAUGCAUUGAUCCGUGAUCUGGACAAAAGUUUGCAAGAAAUUGUGAGACAAAAUGAGCAACGUUGUGAGCAAGAAAUAGAGGAUAUCAAGAAUGGUGUGAGGGCUGGAAAUAUUACACCAGAUACUUCACUUAUUAGAUUCUCAGAUGAAGCACUAGAUGAGCAAAAGCAUAGCAUCAGGAUUGCAGAUGAAAAAGUUGCCUUGGCUGUUCAAGCUUAUGAUUUGGUCUGUUGAUUCUCCUUGUGACUUCAAUAUUUAACUUAUGGACUUUUAUCUUUGAUGUUAUUCUCA